CUCUCUCUCUCUCUCUCUCUCUCUCUCUCUGUCUAACGCACGCAAACCCACUAGCGUCAUUUACGCCCUUUAACGUGUUUACUUCCGUACAGAUGGGAGUUUCAGGAGGGUCACGUGGUGCUGGUGUGGCUCAGAUGGAGUUCAGCAUUAAGAACAUGUGGGACAGUAAACCUGUGGACCAUGCCCCAGUGAAGAUCCGUUUUUCUCCUGGAGAUGGGGGUCUGAAGAUGGUGGUUUGUGCUCCAUUUUUUAACGAGCCAGCAGCUCCUCCUGGUCCUCCUGGGCAGCCAUUUCCUGGGCUCUGGGAUUAUGAAGUGGUGGAAGUGUUUUUCCUGAACAGCAGCACUGAGCAGUAUGUGGAGUUUGAAGUUUGCCCACACGGACAACAUCUGGUACUCCUUCUGAAUGGAAAACACAAUGCCUUCGUGCAACAGCUCCCUCUGGUGUUCUGUGCCACUAUCACAGGGGGUAGGUGGCGGGGCGAGGCUCUUCUGCCCUGGAGCUUUUUCCCCCCCGGGGUCAAUAAGAUGAACUCGUACGCUAUUCACGGCUUGGCAGAAGGGCGGACCUACGAGGCUCUUUAUCCCAUCCCCUCUGAGGACCUGCUGCUGGGACAGGGGCCGGACUUUCACCGUCUGGAGUACUUCCAGCCUUUCAGCCUUCAAAGCAUCAUGGGAGAAGACUGGGUCCAGCCUGAAUCUGACCUGUGGAAGGGAGUGAGAGAGUGAGCAGAGAGAGACAUGCCCUGAUCACACAUACUCACAAACUACCCCAACAAGGGGGUUAAAAAGAAGUGAAAAGGUGGUAAAGGGGAGUGAUGAGGAGUAAAGGGGUGGUGAGUG